UAUACCACAAGCAAUUAAAGGGAAAUUUACAAAACAUAUGUAUCAUAAUAGCCACUAAUGCGCCGCACAAGAGCGCUAAAGAGAUAAGGUUUUGGACCACAUCGUGUUGUUGAACGCAUAGCUGUUUCUGUAACCUUUGUAUUCGGAGUCUCAGAAUACUUCACAUCCACCAGUACCAUACGGGUAAAUUUCCAUACUGAGAUAAUGAAUUCCCUAGCUAGAGGGACUGUAUUUCCCAUGGCUCAACUUAAGUUUGCAUCAUUACGAAAUCUUCACACUUCAAGAAUGGAUCCUCCUGGCUAUGGCAAAAGCAGGCCUCCAAACAGAGACUUUAACUUUGACUCUUUACGCACAGAUGCCACCAUGGCUGCUGUUAUGAUGAAGAACCUUGGUUACAAGAAAUAUUCAUUACUUGGAUGGAGUGAUGGGGGCAUUACAGCCAUGUUGCUUGCUGCUGGAUUCACACAGCAUGUUGAAAAAAUGAUUAUAUUUGGAGCAAAUGCAUAUAUUACUAAAGAAGAGACAGAAAUCUGCAAAGAUUUACGUGAUAUUGACAACUGGUCUCCAAAAAUGAGAGCACCGUUAGAGGCUAUAUAUGGUAGAGAUUACUUCAAGAAUGCCUGGGAAUCAUGGGUAGACACAUAUAUUGGAAUCUACCAUGAGCGGGAUGGAGAUCUUUGUAAAGAUGAUCUCGCUAACAUUGUUUGUCCAACCCUUAUAGUACACGGCAUCCAAGAUCCUGUUGUGCCCAUUGAACACCCAUAUUAUCUGCAUAAAAAUAUCCAAGGCUCAGAAUUGAUCCUAAUGGAAAAGGGAAAACAUAAUCUGCAUUUACGGUAUUCAGAAGAAUUCAAUGCCAUAGUGCUCAAGUUUCUUAACAAAUGAGAAAAGUUUUUUUUUUAAUUAAGUAAUUUUUCAUCUUUAGAAGUCAAGGUCACAGUCUGUAACAGUGUUUGUUAACCUAUAUUAACCCUUUUAUUGAGACAUACUGAAAUCAUAAUCUUUUCCUGUGCGAUAUGCAGUUUCUGAGUAUUUUCUAAAUAUCAUUUGUACCAGUUUUGAACAUUCCUAUGUGCACACAAUUACUUAGCAAUAAGUCGAUAAAUGUAUUUUACAAUAUUCCUUAUGUAAAGAUAAAGUUUAUAUUUAAA